CCCCUCUUUCCCACCUCAUCUCCCUCACCUCAGCCAUCGUGCUUCUCAACCUGUACCGGAACCCUCAGAACACGGCCCCGACAGCGGACGGAUCCCACUGAAGCGAUCACGGAGCUGCAAGAAAAGUACGGGGAGAUGGAGGAUAUGAACGUCUGCGAUAACUUGAGGGACCACUUGGUGGGCAACGUCUACGUCAAGUUCCGGCAGGAAGAAGACGCGGAGCGCGCUGUGACCGAGCUCAACAACCGCUGGUUCAACGGGCAGGCCGAGCUGUCCCCCGUCACGGUCCGGGAGUCCUGCUGUCGGCAAUAUGAGAUGGGGUGCGGUGGUGAGGGGCGGCGGGCGUGGGGGGCGAGGCUGGGCUGCGGUUCCACCUGCCAUCUGAUGCCACAGUGAGUGCACCCGGGGCGGCUUCUGCAACUUCAUGCACCUGCGGCCCAUCUCCUGGGACCUUCGCCGGCAGCUCUACGGCCGUGGCCCCAGAAGAAGGUAUCGGGUGGGGCGUGAUGGGAACGGGGAUGCUGACCCCUUUGCUUGACCCGCGAGCCCCUGACGCCUUUCCCCAGGGGAUCCUCGCCCACAAGACCCAGAGGGGGACACCGGCCUCGAGAAAGGAACCGACGACGGUCUCCGGACCACCGUCACAGAUGCUUCUGAGACCCCGAGCCCGGCCUCUGCUCGGCCUUUCCAGGACAGAGGUUGCUGUGGUCUUCCCCACCUGACUUCUGGGGACCCACACGGGAGGAGCAGGAACCCCCCCUUCCCCCAAUAAAGUAUCUGAGACAGAAACUGAGGCCCAGAGAAGUCUUCCAGAGUCCAGCCGGGGCCACCCCACCCCCACCCCCACGUGGAUGACUGGCUCUGCCCGGAAAGGGAAGUUAAGGGAGGGGCUGGGGCUCUGAACCCGCGGCAGGACCAGCUUCA